UCGGGCACACCGCUGCUCUCCUUCAAGCACACCCUCCUGGCGCCCCAAGGUCCGUUUGCUGUCGACUACGUCCUCGGUAUCGCCUCCUCUCUGUCGUACUGCACCGUCCGGGACUCUGACGGCCACCUCUUGCCAGACUUGUUCGCCGACGUGAGGCAGCAUAUAGACUGGAUCGAGCGCACAGUGUGGCCUAGCCAAGCUGUCUGAUUCUUUAUAAGCGUAUGAUGAAUAAACUAAAGACCCCGCUAAACACAGUAACUCUCGCCCUUCUGUUUUCUUCUAGUUAGAUCAGACGUCGACAAUUGUCAGUACCAAAACUCAGUGAUAUAAAUGUGAUUCAGAUCAGUAAUGAUUAGCAUCUUUAGCAGCAUUACGUCACCGAGGGGACGAAAAUAGCCUAUUGAUCAAAGAAUCGCACUGUUUAUGAAUGGACUGAAUGUAAUAAACUCGUUUCAAGUCGAGGAGCAGCAACCGUCCACUACAACAGCAGGAGGUUGACUCCACCGAGUGACGCACGGAACGAGUCCGGCCGUGGCGGGCGGGCAGGGGAGCCCCCGGCGGGCCCCAGCCCCAGCCGCUCCGGCCGGGUCCGAGGUGUUUACCUCGGGCCGGGUCAGUCCGCCGGCUCAAGACGAUGCGGCUGUUCCUGCUGCCGGUCGUCGCGGUGCUCGCGGCCGCGGCCGGCCCUCCCUCGUGCGGCCCCGGGGAGCAGUGCGUGCCGCUGCCGCGCUGCCCGAGCGUCCUGCAGAGCAUGCGGCUCGACCAGCGGUACCGCCCCGGGCUCUGCGGCUUCCAGGACAGCACCACCAGGGUCCCGGACGUGUGCUGCCCAGGCGGCGGCGCCCCUCAGGAGGACGCCUGCCCGGCGCCGUCGCCGCCGCUGGCGCCCACUCCCGACAUGGCGUGCGAGAAGUUCGUCAACAGCCUGACGGAUGAGGAGGACUCGCGGCCGGGGAACCUGGCGAGGAGGAUGUGCAGGAAGCACCAGGAGGACCUCUGCGCACUUCCUAAAAAGCAACCUGGCGUGGCAUGUCCGGCAAGCGCCGAGCCAGCCGACAUCCUGGAAUUCCCACACAUG